AUGGCAAAACAGGAACAAAUCGAUACUAUUGCUUACUAUAGUAAUCAUCCAAUAAAACGCAGUUCAACUCCUUCGUCAAUGGUACCUUCAACAGCUAUUAGUAAUCCAGGCAUGCCAUUUAGUGUAACGGAUAUUCUUCAACCAUUAGAUGUUGAUGCAUCAACAUCCUACAAACGUUCACUUGAAAUGGCGCAUGCAUUAGCUUCAUCAUCAGCCGUAUAUAAUCCUCAACGUCCAUCAACAAGUGUUACACCAGCUAGUCUUUGUAAUCCAACGUUUGGACCAACAUCAGUACAUAAUAGUUAUUAUGGUCCCACUGCAACAUCAACAUCAGCAUUUUCACCUAAUAAUCAAUAUUAUGAUUAUAGUAGUACACUUCAAAAUGGUGGAAAUACAAAUUCCGUUACUGGACAAUACUCACCAAGUUCAUGUUGGUAUGGAUCAGCAGCAAUGUCUCGAUAUUUAGUUGGUUCAUCAUCAGCUGUUGAUAGUGCAGCAUUAGCGGCAAGUGUUUAUGGACAUCAUCAAGAUCCAAUGAUGAAAUCUGCCUAUGCACAAUUUCCAUUUGUAUCUCAAAAACGUAAACGACGUAUAUUAUUUAAUCAAGGACAAAUCUAUGAAUUAGAACGACGUUUUAAACAACAAAAAUAUUUAAGUGCACCUGAACGUGAAAAUCUUGCAAAUAUUCUUCAAUUAACACCAACACAAGUUAAAAUAUGGUUUCAAAAUCAUCGAUAUAAAACAAAAAAACAAGCAAAAGAACGUGAAAAACUUGAUGCUAAACAAUUUAGAAAAGAUCAUCAUCACCAUCACCAUCAUCCUCAACAAUAUCAACAACAACAACAACAACAACAACAUCAAUUCAGAUAG